AUGGAUCUGGACUCCAUCUGCAACGCUACACAGGUUUAUAACUUCACGCAGAAAGACGUGGCGAUAUAUAUGUACACGGAUUUUGUUGCCGCGAUAGUGAUUGGUAUAAUGCCCUGCAUUCUAGUGUUUGGCUUGAUCAGCAACCUGUCUUUCUUGCUGGUUGUGCAUCGUGUGAAACACAUGCGGACCGUCACCAAUUACCUCCUGCUUCAACUUGCACUCACGGAUAUCGUGAAUCUGGUCGUCUCCAUCGGGGAACGAGUUUGGAGGUACAUCUCAUCCCCUGUCACCUUCGACCAGAGAGCGGAAGGCUUGGUACCCGGCUGCAUACUGCUCCCUUUCCUCAAAGCCAUGUCAAAAUACGGCUCUCUCGCAUUCCUGACUCUGGUGACACUAGAGAUGUACUUGGCUAUCUGCAAGCCGAUCAAGCACCGCUCGAUCACAACCCGAUCACUUACCAUCAAAUUGACUGCAGCUUGCUGGGCCAUCGCUACAUUCGUAUCUGUCCUGAGAAUCCCUUCCCAUUGCGUCUUUAAGCAGUUCUGUGUUAUCUGGCCGACCUCCAGAGAGUAUCAACAUCUACCAAACGUUGUAGGCAACUGCGUAGGCGUCUCCGACUCGGUGGAAAAUGCAAGCAACGCCAUUCAGACCACCCCCUUCUUUGUCGGAUUGGUAGUGAAUACCGUCCUCUACGCUCGCAUCAUGAAGAUCCUGUAUAGGAGGAGGCGAGUUGCGGCAUCCGAUCAACCGAUUCGAUUUCCUGUUCGAGCUCGCAAUCAGGUAGCCCACAUGUUGGUCAUCAACUACCUAGCCUGGUUCUUACUUGUGUCUCCAUUCGAAUGUCUCUCAUUAGUCUCGACGUUCGUAACAGGUCGCACUCAAACUUUUAUCGAUGUCACCUACUUGUUUCGGGCUUUGACCUACCUAAAUUCUGCCGUGAAUCCUCUGAUCUUUUAUACAGUCCAUCCUAGGUACAGAAAAGCCUUCUUAAAAACAUGCUCGCAGUGUUUUGGGUACUGUAGAAGCGAUGCCUCUCAAUAA